GCGCUCAGUCCGCCGUGGGAGCCGCGCGCCGCGUGCUGCUGGGGCCUGACCGAGGGGCGGGGGUCGGCUGGACGCACGGACCGGUGAAGUGAGCAGACAGACGCACGGCGGCUGCGAGCUGCGCGCAGGUCCCAGCCACGCUUGCACCCGGAGGCAGGCAGAACGCAGUACCCGGCCGAAUCGCCUGCACUCCGCCACCCAGCUCCCGUGCCAGCGCCCAGCGGCCGCCGCCUCCAAAGUGAUCCUGCCUCGCCGCCUCCACUCGGUCCGGGACCAUGAAGCUGCUGCCGUCGGUGGUGCCGAAGCUCUUUCUGGCUGCAGUGCUUUCGGCGCUGGUGACUGGCGAGAGCCUGGAGAGGAUUCGGAGAGGGCUGGCGGCUGGAACCAGCAACCCAGACCCUCCCACUGGAUCUACGGACCAGCUGCUACCCUCUGGAGGCGGCAGGGACCGGGAAGUCCUUGACUUGCAAGAGGCAGAUCUGGACCUUUUUAGAGUUGCCUUCUCCAAGCCACAAGCUCUGGCCACACCAAGCAAGGAGGAGCAUGGGAAAAGAAAGAAGAAAGGCAGGGGGUUAGGGAAGAAGAGAGACCCAUGUCUUCGGAAAUAUAAGGACUUCUGCAUCCAUGGAGAAUGCAAAUAUGUGAAGGAGCUCCGGGCUCCAUCCUGCAUCUGCCACCCAGGUUACCAUGGAGAGAGGUGCCAUGGGCUGAGCCUCCCAGUGGAAAAUCGCUUAUAUACGUAUGACCACACAACCAUCCUGGCAGUGGUGGCCGUGGUGUUGUCAUCCGUCUGUUUGCUUGUCAUCGUGGGGCUUCUCAUGUUUAGGUACCAUAGGAGAGGAGGUUACGAUGUAGAAAAUGAAGAGAAAGUGAAGUUGGGCAUGACUAAUUCCCACUGAGAGAGACCUGUGCUCAAGGAAUCGGCUGGGGACUGCUACCUCUGAGAAGACACAAGUUGAUUGCAGAUUCUGCAGAGGGGAAGGACUUCACAACUAGCCAUGAAGACUCUUUGGUCCCCAGUUGCUGUCUAGAUUGGGCCUCCCAUAAUUGCUUUGCCAAAAUACCAGAGCCUUCAAGUGCCAAACAGAAUAUGUCCAAUGGGAUCUGAGUCAGAAGAAAGAAAGCAAAAGUGAGGGACCUUCAUGCCCUUCUGAUUCCCCUCCACCAAACUCCACUUCCCCCCAUAAGUUUCUUUAAACACUUAUCUUCUGGAUUAAAAUGCCAGUUAAAUUCCAUACGCUCCAGGAUCUUGGACUGAAAAAAAGAAGAGAAAGAAGAAGAAGGAGAAUAAGAAGGAAAGAUUUGUGGACUGGAAGAAAGCAACAAAGAUUGAGAAGCCAUGUACUCAAGUAGCCACCAAGGGAUCUGCCAUUUGGACCUUCCAGCGCUGGAUUCAAUGAGCUAACUGUGAAAUACCACAAGCCCAAGAACUCUGAAUUUUGGGACUUCUACCCAGAUGGAAAAAUAACAACUAUUUUUUGUUUGUUUGUUUGUUUGUUUGUAAAUGCCUCUUAAAUUAUAUAUUUAUUUUAUUCUAUGUAUGUUAAUUUAUUUAGUUUUUAACAAUCUAACAAUAAUGUUUCAAGUGCCUAGACUGUUACUUUGGCAAUUUCCUGGCCCUCCACCCAGCAUCCUCACCAUCUGGCUCAGUGCCACCCUCCCUUGCCGCAAAGCUGAGAUGGCUCUAUGACCCAUCUAUAGUAAUUUAUUGUCUGUUCACAUUUCUGAAGAUCUUCCAUGAUCAGAGUGCCACAGGGGGCGUUCUGUAUGGUCAGGAUGUAGGGAUUAACUUGGUCAGAGCCACUCUAUGAGUUGGACUGCAGUCUUGCCUAGGCGAUUUUGUCUACUGUUUGUGUUUUGAAAGCCCAAGGUGCUGAUGUCAAAGUGUAACAGAUAUCAGUGUUUCCCUGUGUCCUUUCCCUGCCAAAUCUCACAAGAGGUUGGGCUUCCAUGCCUGCAGCUUUCCUGGUCUCUCACCCCCAUGACCCCCGACCCACAGAAUGGGAACUCACUCUCCCUUGUGUCAAGACAUUUCUCUUACUCCUGCCAUUCUUCUGGUGCUACUCCAUGCAGGCAUCAGUACAGCAGAGGACAGUCUGGAGAAGGUGUUAGCAAAGAGAAAGGCUGAGGAGGAACAGGGAAUGUUGAACUGACUGUUCUUGGUAAUUGAUUACCUACCAAUUGCUACAGAGAAGGUUGGAGGUGGGAAAGGCUUUUGUGUAAUCCCACCCACCUCACCAGAACUACAAAGAUAUGUUGUCAUGGUCCCUUCUGGAAACUUCUGGUGCCAUUUCUGAACUGUUACAACCUGUAUUUCCAAACCUGGUUCUUAUUUAUAUUUCGCAAUCCAAAUAAAGAUAACCCUUACUCCGUA